AUGUCGGAAAGCGAUUCAAUGAAAAAGGAUGAAAUUAGUUCUUCAAUGCCUGCGGCAGAAGACUUUGCUUCCGAUCCGCGAAUGCACUUUGUUGAGGCAACGGGUAAAUGGAUAUAUACAAGCGACGAUGGUUUUACCUGGGAAUAUAACGAGUCACAACAAAACUGGCAACAAGACGAAGAAGUCUUGAUGAAAACCCAACAGCUCGCUUAUUCGGUUCCUGGCGUUAACGAAAGUGAACCUGCUGCUCCAGUACGGGUAAAACGAAAGAAUGUAUAUACCAUGGAUGAUACGGAUCAAGAUAUCAAAAAGCAAAAGCAGAAGAAAAAACCGACAAACACUUCUGUGUACGUUAGUGGGCUACCACCUGAUGUUACUGUCCAAGAAUUAGCUGAAGUAUUCUCAAAAUAUGGAGUAUUGCUCGAAGAUCUAAACUCUGGCGGUCCAAAAAUAAAGCUUUAUAAAGAUGAUCAAGAUCGUCUUAAAGGCGAUGCUCUCGUGACUUAUCUGAAAGAGGAAUCUGUAACUCUUGCUUGUCAAUUAUUGGAUGAAACCGAUCUUCGCCCAAAUGAAGCAUCUAAAAUAAGAGUACAAAAGGCACAGUUCAAAGAGAAAGAUCCGAAACUUCCGGUUGAGGGUCAAACCAAAAAUAACAGUGGAAAAUCUGAUAAACGGAAAGCACAAAGAAAGUUGCAACAACUUGAAAAAAAAUUGGAUUGGUUCGAAACUGAAACCGGAAAAAAAGCAGAACGAUAUAAUAAAAUUGUGAUCUUAAAACAUAUGUUUACGUUGGAAGAAUUAGAGAAUGAUGUUAGCUUGAUUCUUGAUUUAAAGCAAGAAAUCCGAGAAGAAUGUGAAAAAUUAGGUGAAGUUACAAACGUUAUUCUUUAUGAUAAAGAACCUGAUGGCGUUGUAUCAGUAAAAUUCAAGGAACAAUUAAGUGCCGAAGCAUGUGUACUGAAAAUGAAUGGUCGUUUUUUCGCUGGUCGUCGUAUUGAAGCGGAAAUUUUUGACGGAAAGCAAAAGUAUCAAAAAACUGGAGCCAAAUCUAAUGAGACGGAAGAAGAGGAAUUAGUUCGAUUAGAAAAAUAUGCUAAAUGGUUGGAACAGGAAGACGCCAAGAAAUUCUAA